AUGUAUAGAGAUGCAACUAGUUCAUCCUCAGAUGAAGACGAUCUUCUAUUUGCAGCCGAUGCAGCCCUAUUGUUCGGUCUAGAUGCUGAACCAAUCAGAGGUCCUAUCCAGAAGGUUCCAUGCAGAACAUCAGCUUUAUCUGGCAGACAAUGGUUUGAAGAACUGAUGUCAGGGCACUACACCCGAAUUAUGGAUGCAACGAGGUUAAGCGUAGAUUCAUUUAUGAGAUUGUGCAACAUAUUGGCCGAUUGUGGAUUUGUUCCCCAGCAUCAUCAAAAAAGGGUGACGAUAGAGGAGGCACUUGCGAUGACUUUAGUUAUGAUGAGUCACAAUAUGCGGAUGCGCAUGAUUGUGGACCGAUUCAACCACUCGCUGGAGAUAGUGCAUCGGAAUAUUCAUGAAGUUAUCAAGGGUCUAUGUACAUUUGCGCAAUUCAUCAUCACUCCAAGGCGCCAGGAUGAAGUCCAUCCAAAAAUUUUCAAUGCUACCAGAUUUUAUCUAUGGUUUGAGGACGCAGUUAGGACCAUUGACGGGACACAUAUACCCGCUUCUGUCCCGAGUAGACGACAGGUGGCAUACACAAAUAGAUAUGGAGUGCAGUCAGUUGUAUGUGAUCAUGAUAUGAGGUUUGUAUACGUGUAUGCAGGCAAAUACUACUUGGCUGAUUCCGUGUAUCGAAAUUUACCCAAUUUCUUACCACCCUAUAAAGGACGCCAAGCGGAUGUUAGUGGUCGUAGAAGGGGGAGAUUUGCCACCGCCAAAAAACUUUUUAAUUACAAACAUUCUAUUCUAUGCAAUGUCAUAGAGCGAACAUUUGGGGUCCUUAAGAGGAGAUUUGCUAUCUUGCGGGGCGCCAUACCCCACUAUAUGAUGACUGCUCAGAUAAACGUUGUUAUUGUCUGUUGUGCUGUACAUAAUUUCAUUAGAGAUCAACAGCCGAAUGACUAUUAUUUCGCCAACCCCGAUAUAGGAGAUCCAGACACAAAUGGUGCAAUUCCUCCCUAUCCGGAGAUACAUCCAUUACAUUCCCCUCCCGAAGUGAUUAACCAAUGGAUUGGCAUGAGAGAUGCAAUGGCCAAUCAUAUGUUCAGUACCUAUAGAAAUACACGCCAUCGUUAA